CGCAUCGCAAAAAUCGACCAAAACAGCAAAAUAUCCUGCUCUAUACCAACUUUGAUAUUUGAUUGAUGAGUUCCUGUGCUCGAAAGUAAAAUAUCGUUUGGGAAACCUUAUCAAAUUGAGCGCUUUUAUUGGAGACUGCCGUAAAAUCGAACUCUCUUCGUAAUGUUUACGUUUAGAAAAAGAUAAAUAUGAGUGUGAUGGACCAAAUUCUACGGCUUAGGACCUUGACAGGACCAAACUAGGAUAAAUUAGGAUCAUGGCAUACUAAAACAAUUUUCACCACAAGCCGAAACGAGUGCCCACAGGGUAUGGUGAAAGUUGAGAAGAGCGGAGGAUGAAUUGUGAGGACGAAAGUGCGAGUCAAGGCCUAACGUCUAUACAAAAAAAAUCGCCGAAGAAUAGGUGUCAAGAACCCAGGCAGCCCCCAACCAUCACUGGUACUGGGAAAGACUUGAACACGUCUUGUACUAGAAGCCAUCAGCAGGAAACGCCUACUGGAGUGGCUUUCAGCAUUGGGGAGAUGUGUAUGGCACUGUAUAACAAUGAUGGAAAAUAUUACAGAGCUUUCGUCAAACAGCGCUAUGGCAACAAUUUUGAAGUUGAAUUUAUAGGGUAUGCAGAUGAGGUUGCUUAUCUUGUGCCAGCUACAGAUCUUAGAAAGAUUCCAAGGAAGGAGAGACACGCCAAGCCUUGUAGAUCAGUAGAACCAAUAUCAAGGUCAGAGUGUAAUUCAGACGACUGCCUGUUUUUACCCCUGCGGGGGAAUGAGCAAGACCAACAGAUGAGAUCCAAGUACAAUGAGCCAGAUGAAGAUGAAUUAGAGUGUGAAUUCACCAAACUCUUAGAAGUUCCGAGGUCAAAAGCUAAGAAGACUGUAAAGUAUAGCAGGAAUUACAAACCUUUAGAUGUCGGCCCAAGACAGACCGUGUCAAAGAAUAAGAAAAAAGGCAGAACCAGGUCUGCACAAAGCACCACCCAGUUGUCAAGUGUGAUUGAAAGGACACACCUUCUUGAGCCAGAUGAAUGUUACAUGGGAUGGAAUAUUAGUGGUUUUGAUGAUGAUGACUUGGAGAAGCCACACUUCACAGACCCAGCCCCAUGCCCAUAUGAACCGUUUGUACUGUCGGGUCCCAAUGAACACCCUGUCAUUCAGGUUCCAGCACCAUUCAACUGCCGCUUGAGGGAUUACCAGAGGGAAGGAGUGCAGUUUCUCUACCAGCAUUAUCGUUCCAAUAAUGGUGCCAUCCUGGGAGACGACAUGGGUCUUGGUAAGACCGUCCAAGUCAUUGCACUCUUGUCUGCCAUCUUGGGUAAAACAGGAACUAGGGCUGAUGUGUUUGGCAAAUAUAUUGGUCAAGGUCCCAGUGGGAAACAGUCUGAAGUCAGUACAAAGAAAGGGGUAUUCCUGAUUGUGUGCCCAGGAAGCAUGUUAUAUAACUGGAAGGAUGAACUGGACACUUGGGGCUAUUUCAGGGUCAAGAUGUACCAUGGGUCCAGUAAAGAGAUGGUCAUGGACCAGGCAGCUAAGGGCAAACUGGACGUGGUUCUUACCACUUAUGAUACCUUGAGGAUUAACGUGACAGAGUUUGAUUGCGUCAACUGGCUUGCCGUGGUCAUGGAUGAGGUGCACAAACUAAAAGACCCCUCAGCCAAGAAUACCAAAGCUGCAAAACGACUUAAGGUCCAAAGAAGGUUUGGCUUGACAGGGACCCCACUUCAGAAUCGCUGGUCGGAGUUGUGGUGUGUUCUUGACUGGGCAAAUCCUGGUUGUCUUGGGUCCAAUUUGAGAUUUGAUGCUUUCUAUGGAAAAGCAAUCAGGAAAGGUCAGCGACAUGAUGCCAACAAGCGAGAACUUGCUCUUGGACGAACAAGAUCAAGUCAAUUCCAGUCAAAGCUUAACAAUUGGAUGCUUCGUAGGACUAAGGAUCUGAUAGCCCAGCAUUUGCCACACAAAGAUGACAAGGUAGUGUUCUGUAGCCUCACACCUUUCCAAGAAGACGUCUAUAUGGCUUUGCUUCAAUCACCUGACGUACAGCUUGUGCGCAAGAAAGAUUACCCAUGUGACUGUGGGAGCGGACAAAACAGGGGCAAGUGCUGCUACUCGUGUUGCCCAGUGUCGGGUGAACCUCUCAAGUCGCUGUUGAUGCGCUGUUUCCAGUUGUUUCUCAAGGUCGCCAACCACGCGGCUCUGCUCAUGCCGGGAGUCAAGCAAACUGAUGAUCAGAGGAAACGGGCGAAAGCGAUCUGCGAAGGGGUUUUAACCAGGCACCCUCAUUUUGUACAGUCUCUGGCGGAGAACUCGUUCCAGACCCUCUCAAACCCGGAAUACUGUGGGAAAAUGAAGGUCCUGGACAAGCUUCUGCGCAUGUUCGAAAAAGACAAGUGUAAAGUCCUGUUGUUUUCCUACUCUACCGAGUUGCUCAAUAUUUUAGAGAAUUACGUCAUUGGGCGCGGCUUGGUGUUCUCUCGACUUGAUGGUCAGACGUCUCCCGCACAGCGCAUGCGCGUAGUGAGAGAGUUUAACGGCAACCGCGACAUCUUCAUCUGUCUUGUGUCUACUAAGGCGGGAGGACUGGGUCUGAACUUCACGGGUGCUAAUGUGGUGAUAAUAUUUGACCCCACGUGGAAUCCAUCCAAUGAUCUACAAGCACAGGACAGGGCCUACCGCAUUGGUCAGCGCCGGGAUGUUCAGGUUUUGCGGCUGAUCUCAUCGGGAACCAUAGAGGAGAUGAUGUAUCUGAGACAGAUUUACAAACAGCAAAUGGCCAAUAUUGCCAUCUCCGGCUCCACUGAGCGGCGGUACUUCAUGGGCGUCGAGGGCGAGAAGGAUCACAAAGGAGAGCUAUUUGGUAUCGAGAAUCUGUUCGCUUACCGCGCAGAGGGCAUCAACCUGGCGCAGGAUAUCAUCAGGCGUACAGACAAGGUGGAGGCGGGGCUAAGGGUGGCCGAAUACCAGAUAGUCGCGGCUGUCAAGGCGGAGUCAGAGGAAGAGGACGAGAAAUGUUCUAAGGCUGAUGGUGGAGCCGAAGAUGGUUACGACCUUGAAACCAUUGCAUCGCAAUUCUUAGACGAUGACCAACCAAUCAACGGCUCAGAUACCGCUCAGCACACUCUUCAGCCAAGCAGUGAUGAUUAUGAUAUUAUGAUGACAAAUGACUCCGAUUCUCAAAUUAUAUCAAAAUCACGCCCAGGGAAGAAGCGUAAGCCUUUAGAUCUUGUUUCAUCGGACAGCUCGGAUGAGCCGGGCAGUCCCAGUUUGGACAAAGAACCAUGCCAUCAUGGCGUGUAUCAGAGCACAGUCUAUCACAGACCUAGGACAAGUAAACUAAUUUCUAGUUCAGAUGAUACUGAAAGUAGCUUAGAGGAAUCGCAAAGGGAGGUCAGUGGAGAUUUAGAAAUGCAGGAUGACCACCAUGCAAAUCAAAGGAUUAUGACCAAAGUUAAACCUAAACUUCAUAAUCCACAAGGCCAUGGAGGUGAUCUUGAAUUGUCCAGAUCGCGAUUCCAGGAAGUAUCUGGAAGCUUAGGUAGAGAUAGACAGUUUAAAGGAGGCGAAGAGGUAGGAUCUGGCCACAGCAGUGACGGUAGUGAAGAUAGGAAAGGACAUAAGGGUGCAGCUGGUACAGACAGGCAGUCCAGACAGCGGAAGGAAAGAAGACGUGAUGGUGGCAGUGGUGAUGGUGAAGAGGCUAUGUCUGGCGGUGAUGAUAAUAGCAAGAAAUCUGAUGAGAAAAACUAUGAUCGUAAUGCUGACAAGGAUGAUGAUGAUGGUGGUGGUGCUGAUGAAGUCGAGGGUACUAAUGGUCACGAUGGCGAUGACAAAGACAAUUUUGAUGAUAAUGAUGAUGCUUAUGAAUAUGACGACGGCGACUUUGAUGUUGAUGAUGAUAACGACGACGUCGAUGACAAUGUUGAUGCUAGUUCUACUCAUGAUAGAACAAAAAGGACUUCACAACAAUGCGUGGAUGAAUGUUCUAUUGACGACCAAGACUCGAGCGACGAGCGUAAACAUGGAAACGCUGGAAAAAUCUCCAUACCCCAAACGUCUAAUUGUGUGGUUGAUAGGAAAGACAAGGUCGACAGGGUUUUGGUAAAGUGUGGGGUUGCGUAUACCCACGCAAACCGUACAGUAGUGCGCUCCACCCGGGAGGAGUCUCACAUGUCUAGAAGGGCUAUACGUGACGUCUUUUAACUUAAACAGUACUCCCAGCAGCCCGCUAACUGCUUCGCUACGAUAGAGAGCUCCAGUGACGAGAGUGAUGACGUGGCGGUGGAGACUACCCAAAGAAGUAAGACCCACCUUGGAAUACUGGACAAACUUGCAGGAAAAGUAGCCGAGCACGGUGAACCUUCAAGGAAUACGUUCGAGCCUAAACAUGUGGGUAAAGUUCAAGGCACUGUGAGAACCAAACGCUCCGCAAAACAAGCCCCGCGGGCUGGCACUGGGGCACGUGCGACCCGAGGGGGUAGUAGUAGGGAAGGUGAAGAUACUCGUGCUGGCGUUAAACGCGCGAGGGGUACAACUCUAAAAGCCAAAGCAAAGAAAACACACACAAAAAAACCUCUGUACGACGACGACGAUUCAUUGUCGCCGGAACGUGAAUCCGAACGCUACUCCUGUAAUCUCGAAAACUCCGAGAAAGAAUUUCGGCAUGAGGGGGUAAAGCCUACUUGUUUAAAUACCGCCAUGGUUGAUGAAUUGCCUGUAACCGCUGACCCAACACAGUAUGAAGUUCGAGAUACCGCUGAAAUACCAUCACAGUCACUAAAACCGUUAGAGCGACCUUUGCGGGCUCACUUUCAGUGCUCUUCGAUUCUGGACGAGUUUAUCCCGGAUGCACGAGACAAGGACGUCGGUUGGGCUCCCUGUGGUCUCGUGGACUCGGUAGAUCUAGACACUGGGUCGAUCAGCAAAAAACCCCACAGAUCCAUUUUAGAUGAUUUUAUAUAAGGGGCCAGUUAAUUGGCAUAUUCUGCCAUCCGGGAAAAAAUAGGUCCAAGUAUCAUUUGUAUCGCCCAGUAACGUCAUUUCAAACGAUUUUUAACAAUAUCUUUUUACAGGAAGUCGUAAAACCGAUAUAUUUUUAUAAAAUUAUUUUACUGUAAUUUUAUUAGGAGUUGCAGUGUAGGGUUACACAGAGAAUAUCAUCAGUUCAAUUGUCCACUGCAUCAUAUCACCCCCGAGGCUUUUUACAGUAAAUGAUGUUCGUUUUUUAGGGGAGAACAUAUGACUGACUGAAAAUCUUGAUUUAAAAACAAAUAUUUAUUCUUAUUGCCCGUAAUAGAAUAUAGAAUUCUGACUAUUUCGCUUCCUGUGGUGUCACGGCCGCUUAACAUAGGGUACUGGGUCGCCGAAAAGAAUGACUUAAUAAUGAAUGUCGUAGACGAUUCAUUUAUUAAUGGCGACGUUUUUAUCAAAUUUAUUUAUUAGACUAUUGCCGCCAGCUUCGAGGCUUUUGAUUAAGGUGAUUCCGAUUUCAAUUUUUAACCUUAGUCAAAACAGUUUUGAAAUGCUAAUAUUUUGCGUCUCAGCCGAAAAUAAAAUUAAACCCAAGCCAUUCAUUUAUGAUUAAAGAAGUGAAUUUGGUAAAUUUUGAUAAAAGUAUGAUUUUCAUUAAUGCUGUUGAAAAUAUUAUAUGUUAUUAAAAUGACUUGGAUGUUUUUA